AUGUCCAAGUCCGAGCGCUUUCCGCGCAUUGGAAGGUCGACAGUGAACCUACCGCCGGGCCAUUACCGAAUGGACGUUGGUAUGGUGCUGACCAAGGACACCGAGGUAUUGGCCUCACGCCUGACUCGAGCCAAGUCCGCGCCGCGUUUCUCCUUUUGCAAGGAGAGGCGUGUUGACAAUGAGGAUUGCCUCAAGGGCCUGUCUCCGAAGUACCUGAAGGACAUCAGUGAAUUGGGACCUGGUCAGUAUCGCCUGAUGAAGAUCGGAAUCGGCAGCAACUCAGUCGUAAAAGCAGGCCACAGCACCCUCAUAUUCCAUAUGAGGGUUGGCAUGGUGGCUGGCAUCGGCGCCCUCUCCUGUUUUCCACCUGAUUUGAUUUAG